CACCAGAUCAAAAAUCCAAACACAAGCGGUUAAACCACAGCCAUACCUACUAAAACGGAGCCAAACAUCAGCAUACAUAUCAUAUCACUCACUCUCUCUCUCUUUCUCUUGUCUUCUUCACCCUGAUGGAGUCGCGAGUGUUGUCACGUGCCGCCACCUCCCUCCCUCACCUCCGCAGGCUACCGCGCCGUGAAUCCGCCGCCAAUGCAUCCUUUGUGCCAGCUGUGAAGGCGAUCGGCUCCGUGGCUGACGGUGGGAACCUCAUAUGGGGGAGACAGCUGCGCCCGGAGCUGUUGUCGCCAGUGCUGAAGAAAGAGGGGCCUGCCGUGCUUCUUCGGCCGUGUCUGGCCGCCGCCUCCUCGCCGGCCGAGGGGAGUGAUUCCGCCGGGGAAGCGAAGGUUGGGUUCUUCGACAAGUACCCAGCACUUGUAACCGGGUUUUUCUUCUUCAUGUGGUACUUCUUGAAUGUGAUUUUCAACAUCCUCAACAAGAAGAUCUACAAUUACUUCCCCUACCCAUACUUCGUGUCGGUUAUUCAUUUGUUCGUGGGUGUGGUGUACUGUUUGGUGAGCUGGACCGUGGGCCUUCCUAAGCGCGCUCCUAUGGACUCGAACCUGCUCAAGUUGUUGAUCCCUGUGGCCGUGUGUCACGCAUUAGGCCACGUUACCAGCAAUGUCUCAUUUGCAGCGGUGGCUGUUUCGUUCACACAUACCAUUAAAGCUCUUGAGCCAUUCUUCAAUGCUGCUGCUUCACAGUUCAUACUUGGCCAAUCAAUACCAAUUACUCUCUGGCUCUCACUGGCUCCCGUUGUUAUUGGUGUGUCAAUGGCGUCAUUGACCGAACUCUCAUUCAACUGGACCGGAUUCAUCAGUGCAAUGAUUUCAAACAUUUCCUUUACAUACCGGAGUAUCUAUUCCAAGAAAGCCAUGACUGAUAUGGACAGUACUAAUAUCUACGCCUACAUUUCCAUCAUUGCUCUAAUUGUCUGCAUACCACCCGCUGUUAUUCUGGAAGGGCCUGCACUGAUGAAGCAUGGAUUCAAUGAUGCAAUUGCUAAAGUAGGAUUGGUCAAGUUCGUCUCAGACCUCUUCUGGGUUGGUAUGUUUUAUCACCUCUACAAUCAGGUGGCCACCAACACACUGGAGAGAGUGGCACCUCUCACUCAUGCAGUUGGCAACGUACUCAAACGUGUAUUUGUUAUUGGAUUUUCAAUCAUUGUCUUUGGUAACAAGAUUUCAACCCAAACUGGCAUAGGAACAUGCAUUGCAAUUGCUGGAGUUGCACUCUACUCGUUCAUCAAAGCCAGGAUGGAGGAAGAGAAGAGACAAGCAAAAGCAGCAUAAUAAGUAAGAGGCGUCAAGUUGGAGGAGGGGGUGUUUUGCACUGUAAAUCAUCACAUAUUUCCUUCAAAAUAAUUGGGUGGCUGGUUCACUAUUGUACUAUCCUUGCGAUAACUUUCUAUUCUUCCUCUCUCUUCCUAUUUUUUCUUUGUCAAAUCUUUUUCUUUUCCGUUUGUUCAUUCAGAAAACAGGACUUUCUGAUUUGCAGUCUUCUCUUGUUGACUGAAAAAUGAUGUAUUAGUACCUUGAUUCCCAUAAAUAGCUCCUAAAACUAUUAUGAAAACCAAAAACAGUGGCAACGGCAUUUGGGGAGAUA